AAACAAAAAUUAGUCAGGCGCGCGACCUCGUAUUCCACAUCGACUAGCUCAAGAACUUAAAAGCAAGCUUAAAAAAAAAAAAGAGUAAAUGUCAAAAGAAGAAAGACGGGGCGAAGAAGCUUAUAAUCGAAUCUAGAGCAAUUUCGGAAACUCUUAUCUAUAGGUGUCGAUCAUUCGUAAAAGGUGCCGAUCAUCUUCUAGCGUUCGUAAAAGCUAGGGUUGCGUAAAAAAAAAGUGUCGAUCAUUAAAAGCUAAGGUUUCUUGCUAACGCCUCGAUUUCCUCUCUGAUUCAUCGGAAUUUUCUGAGUUGGGAAGACAAAAAAAGACUGAGAUGAAGAAGAUUAUCGGAAGACCAGGAACGGUGUGUGGCCUUUUACUUAGAAUCGGACAAUGUACUUCUGCCGCCGCAUCAAUGGUCGUUAUGCUCUCUGCGAAGGACUUCUAUAAACGCACAGCUUUCUCCUACUUGAUUGCUUCAAUGUGUCUUCAAAUGCUGUGGAGCUUUUGGCUCGCAUGUGUUAAUGUUUAUGCUCUGAGGUACAAGAAAAACCUCCAACACCUAACCGCAGUUAGCUUAUUCAUCGGUGGCGAUUUGGUGACUGCAAUUUUAUCUCUUGCAGCUGCAUGUUCAUCAGCAGGAGUUGUAGUCUUAUACGCUAGAGAUAUCAAGUAUUGCGAUGUCCAUGACUGUCUUAGGUAUGAAGUAGCGGUUGCGCUUUCUUUCGUCACUUGGGUUCAAAUCGCAGUUUCGUUUCAUGUCUCAUUUUGGAUCUAUGCCUCGGUUUAGUUUCUUGAACUGUCGAGAACAUCUUGUAGCUCGUUGUGAUGACAUAUAACAUUUUAGCUUCAUAUGAACAACCAUCAGUGUUUUCUUAAAAGCUCAUAUCACUUGAUCUAUGUACAUUGACCAGAAGAAACAAAAAUUUAGUGAUACUUUAGCACCA